AUGGGCCACACAUUUGUGUACCUUCAGGAUGCGGUCCAAGACUGCAGAGCCAUCACCAUCCAGCUGCUGGCAGAUGCUCAGCAGGGGAGGCAGGCUGUGCAGCUGAGCAUGGAGAAGGUGCAGUCCAUGGCCGAGCAGGUGGAGAUCAAGGCUAAGGUGGUGCAGACUGAAGUGAAGGCCCUGGUGCUGAGACAUAAGAAAGCGCUCGAGGAACGGGAGUGUGAACUACUGUGGAAGAUAGAGAAGAUUCGUCAGGUGAAGGCCAAGUCAUUGUACCUACAAGUGGAAAAGUUACACCAAAGUUUAACCAAACUGGACAGCACUAUUGCAGCGGUCAGUCAAGUGCUGGAUGAAGGACGCCAUCUUGAUGUAAUGCUGGCAAGAGAACGCAUGCUUUCUCAAAUCCACGAGCUGAAGGCCCUGAGAGGCCUGCUUCAGCCGCAGGAGGAUGACCGCUUCAUGUUCACUCCCCCAGAUCAAGCUCUCUACAUCGCCAUCCAGGCAAUGGGUCUGAUCAGCAGUGGAGCAUUUGCUCCAGUUACUAAAGCCCAUGGCGAGGGUUUGAAAAGUGCGCUCCGAGGCAAGCCUGCCUCCUUCACUGUUAUUGGAUAUGAUCAUGACGGAGAGCCGCGUCUGUCUGGUGGGGAUGCAGUUUCUGCCAUCGUCAUGGCUGUAGCUGAUGGAACCCUGUCUGCUGCCGAGGUGACGGACCACCUUAACGGCUCCUACACUGUGAGCUAUCUGCCCAAAUGUGAGGGCGAGCACCUGGUGUCUGUGCUGGUGUGUAACCAGCACAUCCAGGGGAGCCCUUUCAAGUUGCUGGUGAAGUCGGGCCGUUGCUACGGCUCUCUGGGAGCACAGGUGUCUGCGUUCGGCUGUGAGGGGGAAGGAGACGGUGAGCUGUGCCGGCCCUGGGGCAUCAGUGUGGACAAGGAAGGCUAUGUUGUGGUGGCAGAUCGGAGCAACAAUCGUAUACAGAUAUUCAAGCCUUGUGGCGCAUUCCACCAUAAGUUUGGUUCUCUUGGCUCUCGCCCUGGUCAGUUUGAUCGUCCAGCUGGGGUCGCUUGUGACAUUCAGCGGCGAAUCAUCGUGGCUGAUAAAGACAAUCACCGUGUUCAGGUGUUUACUUUUGAGGGUCAGUUCCUAUUAAAGUUUGGAGAAAAAGGCACCAAGAACGGGCAGUUCAACUAUCCGUGGGAUGUGGCUGUCAAUUCGGAGGGUAAGAUCCUCGUGUCCGAUACCAGGAACCACCGCGUGCAGCUCUUCGCCCAUGACGGCAUGUUCCUCAACAAGUACGGCUUCGAGGGAGCUCUGUGGAAACACUUUGACUCUCCCAGAGGAGUGGCCUUCAACCACGAGGAUCAUCUGGUGGUAACCGACUUCAACAACCACCGCCUCCUGGUGAUUCGACCCGACUGCCAGUCCGCCCGCUUCCUGGGCUCUGAGGGCACAGGGAACGGCCAGUUUCUCAGGCCCCAGGGCGUUGCCGUGGACCAAGAGAACCGCAUCAUCGUGGCAGACUCCCGCAAUCAUCGCAUACAAGUGUUUGAACCCAAUGGAAACUUCUUAUGCAAAUUUGGCACACAGGGGGGUGGCUUUGGGCAGAUGGACCGGCCCUCUGGUGUGGCGGUGACACCUGAUGGAGUCAUUGUAGUUGUAGAUUUUGGAAAUAACCGUAUUCUCAAAUUCUAA